AACAGUGCCAGAUUCAGUCAAAUAGUUAGCCCAAAAAUCAAAUCUUUCUCCCUCUUCAUUCUCUCUCUCUCUCUCUCUCUCAAACGCUCGUUGCCUCGUUUGUAUCCCUCCCCCUUAAUUACACUCUCCCCCUGCCCAUCUCCGCAACGACUUGCUCAUCGCCACCUACUAAAUCUGCAUCCAACCCGCCGGACCACUUCGCCGGCAGCUGCUGCUCUCGGCGAUUGUUCCGUCCGAAGCUGACGACCGGGCUGUUGAAGUGCUGCCGAGGCUUGAAUGCGCCGAUCUGCUGGCGGUUGUGUGGACCCCAGCUUGAGGAGCUAAGAGCAAUAGGGAUAUAAUUAUAGGGUUCCAUGUUCUUAUACAGGAAGUAAGUUAAGACUGAGGAUGCCAUCUAUGAGAUAAGGAGUGGAUAGAAAUGGUUUUGCAUCCUAAAUACUUGAGCAGAUGGCAGAGACACGAGAUGGUACAGGGUCCUCAGAGCCAGGACCUUCUAGUGUUGCAUGGUGGCCUUCAGAUUUUGGCGAAAAAUUCGGAUCCCUUUCUCUUGGUUCUCGAGAAGAAACUCAAAAUGCCACAGAAUCACCCAGAGAUGCAGAGCAUGAUGUUUUAUCAUCACAAACAGCGUCGCAAAUACUCUGGAGUACUGGAAUGCUUUCCAAACCUAUCCCUGAUGGAUUCUAUUCCGUUAUUCCGGAGAAAAGGCUCAAAGACCUUUUCAGUAAUAUUCCCACGCUAGAAGAGCUUCAUGCACUUGGGGCAGAAGGUGCCAGAGCUGAUAUCAUUCUGGUGGACACUAAAAAAGACAAAAAGUUAUGGAUGCUGAAGCAGUGGACUCUAUCUCUGGUUAAAGGAAUGAACUCAAAUCCUGCUGCAGUGAUAAAAAGGAUAGCUGGAUUGGUUUCUGACGUUUACAAAAGGUCAAAUUCCGAGAGUCCAGCAAGAGCUGUGGCAGAGGAAACAUUCCACAUGUUUGAGAAUCGAGUGGUGCAAAUGCUGGGGCAGAUAAAGCAUGGAUCAUGUCGUCCUAGAGCUAUAUUAUUCAAAGUUCUUGCAGAUACAGUAGGUCUUGAGAGUAGGCUCAUGGUGGGUUUACCUAAUGAUGUGGGUGUUGAAUUUGUAGACUCGUAUAAGCAUUUGUCUGUGAUAGUUGUGUUAAAUUCUGUGGAACUCGUGGUUGAUCUAAUGCGGUUUCCGGGCCAACUAAUACCACGGUCAACAAAGGCCAUUUUUAUGACUCAUAUAUCUGCAGCUGGGGAAAGUGAUUCCGCAGAGAAUGACUCCUGUGAUUCACCCCUCGAACCAAACAGUCCUAUGUAUGGGUACUCUGAGAGAAUAGACCCUGAAAGUGCUGAGAAAGAUGAGAGCCCUCGAUUUCGCAAGAGAUUUGAAGCUUCCUCUAAUGUAGCUAGUCCUUCCUCAAGAAAUGUGAUGUUGAGAAGUGCAUCUGUAGACCGAAAACUGAGCGGUUUGUGUCAGAGUGAACCCAAUGUUGCAACAGCAUUUUGGAGGCGCAGUCGGAGAAAGGUUGUAUCGGAGCAGCGGACAGCUAGUUCCAGUCCAGAGCAUCCUUCAUUUCAAGGACGUGGACUCUCCAUAUUAAGUGGUGACAGAAAAUCAAUUGUGGAUUUUGCUGAUCCCUUAUCAGCAUCUAGAUCAGAUGGUACACCUACCCCAGAAGCACGUAGGAUAAGAAGAAGAAGCAUCAGCAUUACUCCAGAAAUUGGUGAUGAUAUAGUAAGGGCUGUGCGAGCGAUGAAUGAAACCCUCAAACAGAGUCGACCGCUGACAGCUCAAGGAGAUGAUAGAUCAUUUGCUUAUACUUCACACAACAGAAACAAUAAAGAGCUUCAGCAGAAUGUAUCAAAUUUCCCUUUUGAUGUUCAUGAAGAGUUAUCUGGUGGAAUGUCUCCCUCAUUUGGCAGGGAGCACGUAAGUUCACAAAAGGCAAUAUCAUUGCCCACAUCUCCUCAUCAAUUUGCCAGUCAAACACCUGAAAGGAGUGGACCUGCUAACUAUGCGCAAAAUGAUGAAUCGGUUUCAACACGGAAUAAAGUUCUCGAAUCACCAUUGUUCCAUAACAAACCCUUAUUGCCUUAUGAAGAAUGGAACAUUGACUUCUCAGAAUUAACAGUUGGAACUCGCGUGGGCGUUGGAUUCUACGGAGAGGUAUUCCGUGGCGUUUGGAAUGGAACAGAAGUUGCAAUUAAAGUUUUCCUGGAGCAGGAUUUGACUGCUGAAAACAUGGAAGACUUCUGCAAUGAGAUAUCGAUACUAAGCCGCCUCCGACAUCCAAAUGUUAUUUUAUUCUUGGGUGCAUGCACAAAGCCCCCUAGGUUGUCAAUGAUCACCGAAUACAUGGAGAUGGGAUCCCUGUACUUUUUGAUUCAUUCGAGCGGUCAGAAAAAGAAGCUUACUUGGAGGAGAAGACUGAAAAUGCUGCGUGAUAUUUGCAGGGGAUUGAUGUGCAUUCAUCGGAUGAAAAUAGUUCAUCGGGACCUAAAAUCUGCGAAUUGCCUCGUAAAUAACCAAAAAACUGUCAAGAUCUGCGAUUUUGGACUGUCGAGGAUAAUGACAGACUCACCCAUGAGAGACUCCUCUUCCGCUGGAACACCAGAGUGGAUGGCCCCCGAACUAAUACGCAACGAACCCUUCACGGAGAAAUGUGAUAUUUUCAGCCUCGGAGUUAUAAUAUGGGAGCUCUGCACUUUACGUAGACCUUGGGAUGGCGUGCCACCGGAAAGGGUAGUUUAUUCGGUGGCAAACGAAGGGUCCAGGCUCGAGAUUCCUGGAGGUCCACUGGGAAGUCUAAUAGCAGAUUGCUGGGCAGAACCAAACGAACGGCCGACCUGCGAGGAAGUAUUCUCCCGCUUGCUCGACUGUGAAUGUUCGCUCUGCUAGUGACAUCCCUCUUUACUUCCUCCUUUUGCCCUUGUGUAUAGAAGACACGGUAGAGUUUUCUCACAGCGCAACUUUUCCUCUCCGGCUCAAAACUGUACUACCUUUGGAUUAUGGAUUUUUGCAAAAUGAGGCGGCUUAUCGGAUUUCUCAUAUUCUCUCCUGAGUGCUCGCUUUUUUUCCUGUGAAAUCGCGUCAAGUUUAACGUGCUAGCCACGGUAUUGAAGGGGUAUAAAACACACUCCGCUUUCUAUGGUAUUUGUUGUGUGUUUUCCCCACUUCGAAUCUCAACAGGUUCAAGCUCUGACUGAAUUGUUAUCUCUCCA